CUUGGAGUGGCAUUCAUUAGGAGCGUUGAAACAUUUCAGCCAUAGUCCUCAGACAGAGAUAGAUAGCUCAGAUGUGUGUGUUCAGGUGUGUGUGUGUGCUGCUGUGUGUCGCUGUCAGUGUGUGUCUAAACCUGCGGGAAGAGCCUGUGGUGUUCAGUGGACCAACAGGAAGUUUGUUUGGAUUCUCCAUCGACUUUCACCCUGUCAACAAUACGUUCUUUGUUGUCAUUGGAGCUCCCAAAGCCAACACCAGCCAGCCAGGGGUGACAGAGGGAGGGGGUGUGUUUCUGUGUACCUGGUCACCUAGAGCGGCCUGUGACAUCAUUGACUUUGACCUGAAGGGUGACGAGGAACACAGCAGCUCAGAUCUCAGCUUUCACUCCUUUAAGAGCAGACAAUGGUUCGGAGCUUCUGUCCGCUCAGUCAGCGGGACACACCUGUUGGCCUGUGCACCACUCUUUCAUUGGAACGUCAAAAGGAGAGGGGCGGAGUCAGGGAAAACCCCUGUGGGUAAUUGUCUCCUAUUGGACCACGCAAGCAGGGUCUUGACAUCUUUCUCUCCCUGCAGAGGAAUCUUGAUGGAUGCUGACUACACGGUUAUAAAGAACAGAAACGAUCAGCGUUACUGUGAGGUGGGCUUCAGUGCUGACAUAACCAAGGCUGAUCGGCUGGUGCUCGGAGCUCCAGGAAGCUUUUACUUCCAGGGUCAGGUGAUCACAGUGGGUCUCAGGGACAUCAUCGACAGCCAACAAAGCAAUGAACCCAUUCAGUACGUAACAGGAAGCCACCAAUCAGAGGAGCAGGGAGGUUACGACCUUUACCGUGGUUACUCUGUGGCUAGCGGUAUGUUGACUGGCGACUCUACACCAGAUUAUGUGGUUGGUGUUCCACAUGACAGGAACUCUGCAGGAACAGUGAGAAUCUAUGAUGGAAGAAUGGGCGGUUCUCUGAGAGUUUACCACACCUUUCUAGGAGCUCAGGUGGCUUCCUACUUUGGACACAGCCUAGCCGUAGCCGACUUCAACGGCGAUGGUCUGGAGGAUGUCCUUAUUGGAGCUCCACUCUUCAUGGACAGAGUGAUGGAGCAGUUGCAGGAGAGAGGACAGGUGCUUUUAUACCUGCAGAGGAAGCAAGCUACCUUCCCCUCCCUGCCAGACCAGUCACUGAUUGGUCGGUCUCUUUAUGGCAGGUUUGGCUCUGCCCUUACUGUGCUAGGUGACCUGGACAUGGAUGGUUACCAAGAUGUUGCUGUUGGGGCUCCAUGGUCAGGUGAUGGUAAGAGGGGGCAGGUGUUUAUUUACCUGGGGAACAGGAAUGGUCUGUCAGCCAUACCCUCACAGGUGAUUGAAAGCCCAUUGCUUAGCAGCGGAUCAGCAUUUGGAUUUUCCCUAAGGUCAGGUGGUGACCUUGAUGGGAAUGGAUACCCAGAUCUGCUAGUUGGUGCGUGGGGUGCAGAUCGAGCCUUUCUCUACAGGUCUCAGGCUGUGAUCCGGUCCAGAGUUUCGGUGUAUUUGCAGCCAGACUUUUUAAAUCCAGAAGUUAAACUGUGUCAUCACAGAAACACUCCUGUCUCAUGUUUUGAUGUUCGAAUAUGCAUCCAUGUAUCUGGUCACAAAAUCCCUAAGCAGACGGAUCUUAGAGUGGAGCUACAGCUUGACACAAUGAAGCAGCCGAUGGGACGAAGAACUCUGUUGCUUUUGACCAAUCAGCCACAUGAGAUAAUGCAACUGGUUGUUGAAAGACAGGUGGGCCGGGCCUGUACCAAUCAUACAGCAUAUCUGAGGUCUGAAGAGGAGAUUCGUGACAAACUGAGUCCAAUCUUCAUCACUGCUGAGAUAAGCCUUCUAAACUCGACCAAAAAUGCUCUGCUGCAUGGACAGACGCACUCAACAGUCCAGAGCCGGCUAAUUCUGGAAUGCGGUGAUGAUAAUGUUUGUAUCCCCGACCUGAAGCUGAGAGUUAAACCGGUGUCAGAUAGUGUGUUGGUUGGAGAUGAUCAGUCAGUGUUGCUGUCGGUGUCGGCUAUCAACGAAGGUGAAGGUGCAUAUGAGACUGAGCUAGUGAUCCAAAUCCCGGAACACACACACUUCCAAAGCAGUCAGGGUGCAAGUCGUCUGGUGUGCAUUCAGAGGAAAGAGAACCAGACUGUUGUUGUCAUCUGUGACCUUGGAAACCCCAUGAAACAAAGACAGAUGGUGCAGACUGUACUCAUGUUCAGCGUUGGUCACCUGGAGGAGGUGGAGAGUCACAUAAGUUUCAGCCUCAGAAUCCGGAGUAAGAACUCUGUGAACUCCAGCAGUAACCAGGUGACAGUGAAGGUUCAGGUGAAGGCAGAGGCCACGUUGGAAAUCAGAGGAGGUUCAGUUCCUUCAGAAGUCCUCUUGCCCCACCCAGACUUCCAGCCUGUGGUGAACCCUGGAAGACUGGAGGAAGUUGGCCCACUGGUGGAGCAUGUGUAUGAGAUCAGGAAUCAGGGUCCCAGUUCUGUCAAUGCCCGACUGACCGUUGACUUUCCCUCCACCUGGCAACAAUACUUUUUACUCUACGUCAUCUCCACUCCCUCAGAAGAAUCCUUGAGUUGUCAGACCCUAAACACAUCAGAGCUGGUGCCUUUAGAGUUGCUGAGUAACUACAGUGUUGCUGCAGUUUCAAAUUCCAUCCAGCAGGAGGAGACAAACUCCAACAGACAAACUGUCUAUGUGAACUGCAGCAGCAGAGAUACGGGGUGUGUAAGGUUUGAGUGUGAUGUCAUGGCUUUGGGGCGGGGCUGUAGUGCCGUGAUCAAAAUAUCAGCUCGGCUGUGGUUGCACACACUAACAAAGACUCCCCACCUGAACUAUGACCUUGUUUCUUCUGCGUAUUAUGAUAUCAUCAGCACACCAUCAAAGGUCCAACCUGUGCUUUUCAACAGUGGACAUGCACAGGCUCAGAUCAGCUUGGUGUGGCGUUCUCUUGAUGGAGAGAAGCCUAUUCCUAUUGGUUACAUCAUCCUGUCAGUGUUUUCUGGACUCCUCCUCCUCUGCCUGCUCUGCUUCAUCUUCUGGAAGCUGGGCUUUUUUAGGCGUACCAGGCCCCCGACUGAUGAUGAUGAUGAUGAUGAUGAUGAUGAUGAUGAUGAUGACAAUGGUAAAGACCAUGGAGACCAAGAAUUAUCUGAGGAGAGCCAUGACUGAAUAGUAAAUCUUCAACUUGGGCUGCACACACCUGUUAAUAUCUUACCAAUAUCAUGCUUGUUUAAUUGAUUAAUGAGCGUCAAUAAAUCCUGAAGUGCAUAUUAAUAAAAUGUUUUUUUUCUUCAGGUUCCUCAGUUUCACUUUGAUUUUCAACCUUAUUUAUGAAUUUGGAGGAAACAUGAAAAUUUAAUGGAAUGUUUUCAAUCUUUGACACAUAUAGGUGACUAAAACUGGAAUGGAGUAAAAAAAAAAUUCCUUCUAUUAUUAUCAAGUUUACCAAAUGUAGUAGCUGCAG